CGAUCAAGUUAUCCACUGUUAAGUGCAAAUGAAGCGGUAUUACAAGCAGUUAUGGAACUUCUAUUGCCAAAUAACAUGAUUCCAGAAUUGUGCUUAUUGAUGAAAAUAUCUAACCAAAAGGAAAUGGGAUAUCCAAAAUUUAUACGCUUGGUCCUGGCUAGAAAACUUAAAUCAAGAAAAAUGGACGAGAAAGAUG